AUGGUUGCAUACAACCCUGUCCUACGCGGAAAAUGGACCGUUGAAAAGUUCAAUGCCACCGUCAUUAACGACAUAUGGCCCGAGGUGCUCUUUUUCACUGCCGUCGCUACGAUGGUGACCUUUGUGUCGAUCAAAACGCCGCACUCAUUGGCCGUUUCUCCCCAACUUUUGACUGUGCUGGGUACAGUCCUCGGUCUGGUCAUUUCAUUCCGUACAUCGACUGCCUAUGAAAGGUACCAAGACGGAAGAAAGAUGUGGGCAAAUAUCUCUAUUGUGUCAAGGAACCUAGCUCAGAUGAUCUGGAUACACGUUCCGAAUGAAAGACGGGACAAGGAACAGAACAAAGUACAGACUACUUUGGAAUGUGUCAUCGAGAAAAAAACCAUGAUUAACUUGGUGCAAGCCUUUUCCGUUGCAAUCAAGCAUUUCCUCCGAGGUGAGAACGGCGUGUACUAUCAAGACCUCUAUCCUCUCAUCUGCUUCCUACCACGAUUCGCAUCUCCAAUGGUCACCGGAUCCAGUGAGAUGCUUCCUCUUUGGCAGGCCUCGGAAGACGGAGAACAUCCUUACGACCACAAUGUCCACUCCACCAUCCCUGAGCCCUCUGACGGCGGUGCACCAAAAUCUAAUGACCGUCCUAGCCUCUCUCCAGCACCAUCAUCAUCAAGGCUCCAGUCACUCAGCAAGCGGUCUGCAAAAUCCAAGACCAAGGUGUUCGAUCCUGAAAAGGCUCUGGCCUCUGUCCACAGUCAUCGGCCACUCAAGCCCUCACGCAAUCUCCCAAAAGUGACGCUCUAUGACUAUAUUCCGGUACUCCUUAUCUUCAAGUGGGUCGCCAAAAUGUUCUCUCGCAGAAUCGACAACGUAAGAGGCUCGACGAGGAACGCUUUAGGAAGGAGAAUCAAGCCCCGGCUCCAAGAAAGCAACGUUCCUCUGGAGAUCACAAUUUUCCUGUCCACAUAUUCAGCUUUCCUUAUGCGCAAUGGCCUCCUCCAACCUGCCAUCGCGGCCGCUAUCACCAGCAACAUUGGCAUGCUCCAGGACACGAUGAACAACCUGGGAAGAAUUGCUACUACUCCGCUUCCCUUUGCGUACCAGGCACAUUUGCGCAUGUCGCUUUGGAUUUACCUCUUCCUGCUCCCGUUCCAAGUCUUUGACUCCUUUCACUACCUUACGAUUCCGGCGACGGCCUUUGCAUCCUUCCUCCUUCUCGGUUUCCUCGAGAUCGGUUCUGAGAUUGAAAAUCCUUUUAACUACGACCUCAAUGACCUUGAUCUCGACUCAUUCUGCUUGGCUAUCCAACGAGAACUGCAGGAGAUCACGGCACACCCGCUCCCGGACCCUGCCAGCUUCAUCUUCACCCCGUGGAACCAACCGUUUGCUCCUGGUGACCGUCGCACAGCCGCCGAGCUUGUCAAGGGUCGGUCGGAGUACCAGCAUGCGGAGAAUGAUGAGAGUGGCAUGUCAAAUAUUAAGCAGACGCUGCUGCGCAGCUGGAGGCAUACUGAUGAUUUAACGAGGGAGGUGCAUUAG